AUGGAUGGCGUCGAUCCGGAAUUUUCCCAGGAGCUGGUCGAGUAUCUACGCGUCAACAACUUGACGACGAUCCUCGGACUUGAAGUUCUUGCCAAAGAAGUUCCGGAGAUAAUGUGUGAGUUCAUCCUCAAAGACAACAGCACCGUCAUGUUGGACGCGAGAGAUAUCAAGAAAUGGACGUCCUACCGCUUUACUGGAUUCGCUGUCAAUGGGCCAGGAAUGACUGAGCGCAAGGGCAAUCAAAGCCAUGCCAGGGCUGUCAGGAAUACCAACCAGGUUUUCACUGAUCGGAAGAUUGGGAAAGAAGAUUUUCUCAUGGAUGUUCUCCGGGCUGAGGAUAUCGUUCAUUAA